AUGACUGUGGUUCUGAACCCGUGUGUCGUUUCACCUCCUCACAUGGUUAGUCAAAAUAUUAAUGGGGAGAAUACCGAGAUUGUCUCUACUAAUUUAAGCUUUGGAGCUGCGAUUCAUCUACCAUCGAAUCAUCCCCAAGAAAACGCAUUAAAUGCUCCCUCAGUGAAUAACUUUUAUUUGGAAAGUCAAAGGCAAGAUAAUUUAAAGGAGGGAAACGUGGCUUCCUUAAAUAAUGACUACAUUAAUUUCCUUUCCUUAAGUGGAACUGGUGGGAUAGCCUCGUCGCCUUCAAAGGACCCCCUCCCAAUGCACUCUAUUGGCUGUGACAAAAAAGGGGACACUAGAAUUAAUGCUCCUAGAAACCCUCACCAUUUUGUCCCCAUACCCUUUCCUCCUAGUGAAGCUAAUGAUAGCAUGGAUCCUCAUUCUCCACCCACUCAGUCUCGUGGUUUGGACCCAAUCCUUCAGCAACUUUCUUUUGGGCCCAACAACCCAAAAUUUGUUCAAAAUGAAUGCUCCUUUCCCGACAUAGUAUUGGGUCGUGUUUCUGUGGAUGCCCCUCCUCCUCUUAAGCCCAUUUCGACGUCCCCUAUUCCCUAUAGCGACGCCGAUCUUGUGCAUGGUUUAAAUUACAAUGAGGGUAAUCUCCUUAAACCUCUUUCUCUUGAUUUCAUUGAUAAUAUUGAAAUUAUAGAAGAUGAUCAAAUCCUUAUUCCCCCCUCAAUUAUGGAUAAGGGUAGCGUUCCAUUCGAACGAACACUUUAUGGUUAUUUCGUUGGAGAUAGACUCGCAUUCCCGUUUGUUAGAGACCGAGUGUUUGAAUUAUGGAAGGAACAUGGGCUAUAUGACAUUUUUAUAAAUAGCGAUGACGUGUUCUUCUUCAAAUUUGAUAACAUCGUUGGCAUGAAUUUUGUUCUUCAAAAGAGUAUUUGGAGGAUUAAUGGUUUCCCGCUCUUUCUCCGCAAAUGGGAUCCCAAAGUCUUCAUUGAAAAGCCAACUCAUGACCGGGUGCCCGUUUGGGUUAAUAUUUUUGGAAUCCCCCUUCAACUCUUUAACAAGGAUGGUUUGAGUCUUAUUGCUAGCAAACUUGGAAAGCCUUUAGAGGUUGACUCUUAUACCACAACCAUGUGUGAGCGGGCUAUGGAUCGUGCGGUUUAUGCUCGCAUUCUCAUAGAAAUGUCGGCUAAAGAUCCUUGGGCAAAAGAAAUAAAAAUCAAAGCGAUCACAGCUACAGGUUCUACUUCUACAACACUUAAAGUGGAGUAUUCUUGGAUCCCUAAGAGAUGUGAUCAUUGCAAAAUCUUUGGUCAUGACCAUGCCAUGUGUCCCACUCACAUGAUUAGCUCCCCCGACCCAAAGUCGGCUAUGCCCACCCCAAAAGAAGUUGAUAAUGAAGGAUAUCAAACGGUCAAGAGGAGAUCUCAAUCACUUCCAAAUCCAAAAAAGAAGAUCCCCAUCAACAACCGCAAAGGAAAAGGCCCCGCUAUAAAGAUAUCUCAAGUCUAUAAACCAGUUACUCGUGUAGAGCCAAAGAAAAAAGUUUCCACUAACAUGUUUGAUGCUCUUUCCCAUCAAAGAGUGGAUGAUAUUGAUGAUGCAUCUCGUGUCCCUCCUAUUAUUAGUCCGAGUACUACACACCCAGCUUCUGACGCACUGCCGAGCUCUUCUCAUGGUGGUUGUAUCUCUUCUCCAAUUGAUCAGGGAUGA